UCUGUGCCUCCACCUGUCAUUUUAUUUUCAUAUCAGCUGUUUACUGUCAUAUUUAAAUUAUAGCUUCGAAAUUUGUGUAUAAUAAAAGAUGAGUAUUCCCUUGUUUCCGGAUUUGAAGCCGCGAUUGAUGCACUCGUCCUGGUUUGACGUUGAUCAACCCUGCGAUGAUGAAGAUGAAGUUUCCCAACUGGAAAGGGAACAUCAAAAUAGUCUGCAACAAAUAAUUCACAGAAAUUCUGAUUUGGUACCUAUUGGAAAAACAGCAUCAGAGAAUAUGGAAGAGGAUGAAGAAGAGGAUGAUGAAGACGAUAAUGAUGACGAUGAUGAAUCUGAAACGCAUGAUGAAGAAGAAGAGGAUGAAAUCGAAAUGGAUGUCUCACAAGAACGAAGUUCGCCUGUUGAUGUCAGUAUAAGACUUGUUCAAGGACACGGAGUGAGAUAAUUUGAAACUCACAACAUAUAAAAGAUUUUAUGUAAUGGAAAAUAUAUGUUUUACAGCUUUCA